AUGGCUUGGCGCAACCAAGGAAUCACUGGCUCCAACAACAUUCCACUAGGGCGGCGACGCUUCGGUGGUGAUGAUCCAGAAGACAGCCGAACCGCGACUCCCUCUUCCGCGGGGGCCGAUGGCUACAAGCGUGGUCGUAGCCCCGUCCGAGCGGACCCUCCAGCCCCGGCAGAUGGCAUCAAAAGACGCAAGAAGCGCAACCGUUGGGGAGACCAACAGGAGAACAAGGCUGCUGGUCUCAUGGGCUUGCCCACGAUGAUCAUGGCCAACUUCACCAGUGAACAGCUUGAGGCCUAUACCUUGCAUCUUCGGAUUGAGGAGAUCAGCCAGAAGCUUCGGAUCAACGACGUUGUUCCGGCUGAUGGCGAUAGGUCUCCCUCGCCGCCUCCCCAGUACGACAACUUUGGUAGACGUGUGAACACUCGCGAGUACCGCUACCGCAAGCGGCUCGAGGAUGAGCGUCACAAGCUGGUCGAGAAGGCCAUGAAGACCAUCCCUAACUACCACCCGCCAUCUGACUACAGACGUCCCACCAAGACCCAGGAGAAGGUCUACGUGCCAGUGAAUGACUAUCCAGAGAUUAACUUCAUUGGCUUACUCAUAGGUCCUCGUGGCAACACCUUGAAGAAAAUGGAGACCGAGUCUGGUGCCAAGAUCGCUAUUCGAGGCAAAGGCUCCGUCAAGGAGGGCAAGGGUCGCUCUGAUGCCGCUCACGCUAGCAACCAGGAAGAGGAUCUUCACUGUUUGAUCAUGGCCGAUACCGAAGACAAGGUUAACAAAGCCAAGAAGCUUAUCCACAAUGUCAUUGAGACGGCCGCUUCAAUCCCUGAAGGUCAGAAUGAGCUCAAGCGCAACCAGCUUCGUGAGCUUGCUGCUCUCAACGGUACGCUUCGUGACGACGAGAACCAGGCUUGCCAGAACUGUGGUCAAAUCGGACACCGCAAGUACGACUGCCCUGAGCAGCGCAACUUCACCGCCAACAUCAUUUGUCGGGUUUGUGGCAAUGCCGGACAUAUGGCUCGCGAUUGUCCGGAACGCCAGCGGGGCAGCGACUGGCGCAACAACCCUGGCUAUGGUGGACGCGACCCCCGUGCUAUUGGCACUGGCGAUGCUGUGGACCGCGAGAUGGAGCAACUCAUGAACGAAUUGUCUGGAGGUGCUCCUGGCGAGCACCCGCCUCGUCGGAUUGAGGCCGGUCCCGACCACGGCUAUCCCGACGACCGUGACGCGCAGCCCUGGGAGCGUCGACUUCCGCCGACUGAUGCGGCUCCUUGGCAGCAGAGAGGCCGGGAGAACCGUUCGCGCGACGACUACGCACCCCGCGACCAUGGUGCUCCUCCCCCUUGGGCUGCGCAAAGCCGCGGUGGCGACUAUGGCUACGGUGGAUACGCUGCGCCGGGUACCGCUUCAGCCCCUGCUCCAUGGCAACAACAGGCCCCUCCUCCCCCUCCCGGCGGACAAGCUGGGUAUGGGUACGGUUACGGUUAUCCUCCUCCCGGAAUGGGUGCUCCGGGUACUGGCCCGCCUGGAAUGGCUGCUCCGCCGCCGCCUCCUGGCAUGCCUCCAUACUAUGGCGGGGCUGGUAGUCCCCCGCCUCCGCCUCCCCGGGUGAUGGACCGCCGCCGCCGCCUCCGAGCGACCAGCCUCCUCCUCCGCCGCCUCCUGCGUAAAGUCGAUGCCCAAAGGCCCGUGAUUGUUACUCGGCCUCUUGAUCUCCACAGAUACUACCCCAUGCAGGGCCCGUCGCACGGGGACUUCUCCCUUCCCUCGGGUCCCAACAUGCAUACGUCAGUGUCCACUCCGCGAAAAACUUCGUGGCAGUCGCAGCGCCUGUCAUCUCUAAGGUCUGGUCGUUCGAGCCUAGCUCCGUCGUUGCAUCAAUCUGUGUCGCCUGCGGACCAGCAUGGUUCUGCCCAUGCGGACUCGCAACGCCGCGCAUUGGCGUCGGCGUCGGCGCGAUCGGCGCAGCCAAAAUGGUGGCGCGUGUACCUGUUCCGCGGCAUGAUCAAGGAUGUUAAGCGCAGAGCCCCGUAUUACUGGAGUGACUGGACUGAUGCGUGGGAUUAUCGCAUUGUGCCAGCUACGGUCUACAUGUAUUUUGCCAAGUAUGAUAAUCUUUCUGUUGUCAUGAUUUUUACAUACGGAGGCGGUGGUCUGGAUGUGAACAUUUUCCUACUAUUGAACUUAUGUCACCUUAAUGAAGUCUUGCUCGCCUGGUCGUUGACUAUGCAUUGGUUCCUUGCUUUCACCAACGCCUGUAAUGGACUAACCUAUGUCACUCGGUUUUCGUGUGAUAUCUUUGGAUUCUAUGUUGCUUGCAUAUACCUACAAAAGGGCAUCCAAGUCCUGACCCGACAAUGGGGAGCUGUAGGAGAAGCCUCAGCCUAUCUGAGUAUUAUGGUUGCGCUGCUCGUCCUGAUGAGUGGAUGGAUCUGUGGGGAGUUGGGAAACAGCAACCUCUUCCAGAGAUACAUUCGGAAGUUCCUUGAAGACUAUGGCACGCCUUUGACCAUUGUUUUCUUCACCGGAUUCAUCCACAUUGGCCAUAUGAGGGACGUCGAAGUGGCCACGCUGCCGACGAGUAAGGCGUUUUUCCCUACGGUGGACCGGCCGUGGCUGGUGCAUUUCUGGGACAUCAGUGUUGGGGAUAUCUUCCUCGCCAUUCCGUUUGCGCUCCUUCUUACGAUUCUUUUCUACUUUGAUCACAACGUCUCAUCUCUGAUUGCCCAAGGAACCGAGUUCCCCCUCCGAAAGCCCGCUGGCUUCCACUGGGAUCUCUGGCUUCUCGGUUUGACAACAUUUAUAGCAGGGCUUCUGGGGAUCCCAUUUCCCAACGGACUCAUUCCGCAAGCGCCCUUCCACACAGCCGCGCUUUGCGUCACACGCCAAGUAGCCGACGAGGACGACACAAACAAGGGCAAAGCCAUCCGGGUCACAGACCAUGUAGUGGAGCAGCGCGUCAGCAAUUUCGCGCAGGGCCUCCUGACCCUGGGCACGAUGACCGGGCCACUCCUCAUCGUCCUGCAUCUGAUCCCACAGGGCGUCAUGGCGGGUCUCUUCUUCAUUAUGGGCGUCCAAGCUCUGCAGGGCAACGGCAUCACGCAAAAAAUGAUCUUCCUCGCUCAAGACAAGCACUUCACACCGGGCUCCAACCCUCUCAAAAGAAUCGAGCGCCGCGCCGCGAUCUGGGCAUUUGUGAUUAUCGAACUGGUCGGGUUCGGGGCUACUUUCGCUAUAACGCAAACGAUCGCCGCUAUCGGGUUCCCGGUUAUCAUUCUUCUUUUGAUUCCCGUGCGCACUUUCCUCAUGCCUCGCUGGUUUACUCGCGAGGAGCUGGCUGCGUUGGAUGGGCCUACUGCCAGCCCUUUCACCAUGGAAAGCGUCGGUGGCACCUACGGGCUGGAGGAUGAGUCUGCGGAGGCGAUAACCAGUGGAGUGCAGGACUCCGCGGACGCAGGUAGUGCGGUUCUGAGAGGCCGGGCCUCCUCGUCUGAGGAAUCUGCCGUCGAGGAUAAUGAUCUGGAGAGAGGAGAGGCGUAUGAGCUUCCGUCCCGGUCUGCUGUUCGGAGGAGAAGCACGGCCAGCCGGAUAGACUAA